AACAAAGCGUAAAAAAAACUUCUACAUACAUAAGCACUUUGAUUAUAAUUGUAAAUUGUUAACUUAAGUAAGUAAACGUAAGCGAAAGAGUAGCAAAGAAGACCACGACCAUCACGAUCACCUCGAAAUCCGACGAGACAACGACGCCAUACGCAUGAAUAUAGCCACAAGCAAAUACAACAACAACAGCAUUGAUUUAAAUAAAAAACGACUUCAAAAGGGUCUUAGCUAGAAAUAUCCGUACAUACAUCCUUUAAAUUCCAACGGCCGCCAUCAAAAUGGCAGCCGAAAAGGAAAUGCAGGCACACGACAUGGUCCGACGUCGCAAUUGGGCACGCGCCGUGGCUCUUUAUGAUCAAAUAUUAAUAGCUGCCGCUGCCCCGCCAACAACGUCCUCCGCUGGCGCGGUGCGAGCGCAAAAGGAUCAGCAAAUCGCAUGCCUACUGGGACGUUGCGAAUGCCUGCUGGAGCUGGGCAAGUACGAUGGCUGUCUGGCAGAUGCUUACAAGGUGUUGACACUGCUAGCCGAACAGGCGGAAUGUGUAGCCAGCGUGUCACGUGCCCGUCGCUGGCUGGUCCAUGCGCUCUUCAAGCUUCACAAAUACGCGGAUGCGGAGCACUUUCUAAGUAAAUGGAUCAAUGAGUUGUGCGGUCAACAAAUUUUCUCGGACAUAUCCAAAACGCUGGAACGCUACAGGUCCAUUAUACAAAUGAUUAUGAAUAAAGCGCAAACGCAGAAGAUAGCACAUGCGCGUCUAGAGGAUGAAAUGGCCAUACUGGAUACAAAACUAGAUCAUUGGGCCACCAACAAUUUGCCGCUCGACAAGUACAGCAAGCUCCUAAGCAAUAAAGGUCUCAAGAAACGUGAGCAGCAGCAACAACAACAGCAGCAGCAGAACGGCAACAGUAGCAUCAGUGCGGGCAGUUACAGCAGUAGCAGCAGCACAGGCAGCAGCAGCACCAUGUCUAGCAUUAGUUCGGGUCUGGGCAAGACCAACGAACUGCUGUCGGCCAUUAAGAUCACAGGCGUCAAACAUCCGCCAGGCGAUUCGCCCAUUGAUCCUGAACAAUCGGCAGCCGCUGCGGUGCUUGCAUCCACCACCUGUAGCUACUGCGCCAUCACGUUUCAGACACGCAACGAGCUGCGUCAGCACUGCCAGACCGAAAGUCACCAGAAAGUGAUCAUGAGCGAUGAAGGCCGAGACUGGAAGUGGCGACCACCUCCUCGAGGCUAUACGCUGGACACAUAUAGCCUGUGUGAGACAUAUGCGGAGUCGCACACCUGUCACUAUGGCGCCCAGUGUGUGGAGGCGCACGGAAUGGACGAGCUGAAUGAGUGGAAGGAGCGCUUCGAAUACCGACGCAUGCGUGUGCAGAAGGCAUGUGAAAAGGAGCUCUAUGGCAAGUCCUAUACGGAGCAGAUUCUGGAGCGUUGGAUACAAGCGACAGCACCGGAGCGUGUGAUGUGCGAACGUGUGCCCGACAUGGAUGUUAAAUGCGAGCAGGAGCUGGUCACGAGCAUUAGCUCCAAGACAUCCAAACGGGAAUGGCUCUUUCAGAUGGAGACGCGUCGUCCGCUCAGAGCGGUGGCAUUGUUGCAGGAUGCGCAUCGCAACCAUUUUGCACUCAAGUGCAUUAAGAGUGGAGCAGCGGCGCCAGUGGAACUAAAGUCUGAUCAGGAGUGGGUUGCCACUGUAGCAGCAGCAAUUGCAGCGGGAGGAACAACGACAGCAACAACAACAUCAACCACUUUGAAAAAGGAGGUAAGCGAGGAUGCAUCGGAACAACACGUGGAAGAAGGAUCAAAAGAGACUCCUUCAACGCCAGCUUCCGAUACUUCAGAGUUUUCAGCGCCCCUCUACACGCACGAAAUUACCGUGGAGUUCCAUACGGAAAUCUACGGAACAUUUCGUCAAGCCAUUUGCUUCGAUGUGGGCUUAGAACCACUGCUGGUGCGUCAUCUAUGCGUGGAUGUGUUGCCCGUCAGCGAUGCAGAAAAAAUUGAGGAGAUCAAGCGUGAUAUUAUCAAUAGUUCGGCGACGCGUUGGGAUGUGGCCAACACUCAGCUGACGCGCUUUGAGACGACAAUAGGCACGCAUUUGAAGACCGAAGCGUACAUCAGUGAUUUGCAGCAUGAGCGUGAGCUCCUUGAGCGUUAUCCAUGUCCAAGGGCGGCCACCUUCACGCUCACGCAAUCUACGAUUGUGGAGAAGCGUUUGACGCAAAACAAUUACCGUUCACGCAUCCACGAACUACUCUAUGUUGAGGAGAUUGCGCGCUAUGAGCAAAUCGCGCGUUAUAAUGUACGCACUCGCCUAACCGUGGCCUCGAAUUAUAUCCUGACUCCAGCGGGCAUGGCUACUAGUACGGCAAAGUAUUCUCUGGCGGGCGAACUUUUUGCCCUAAUGCGUCUGGGCAAGGACAUAUCGGAGGAUACGUCGCCGGGCCGCCUCAUUCUCUCCAAUUGCAGCAGUGUCUACAUCUCAGCCCCAGAAGAGCCAGGCACUAAGUCCACCGAACCACGUGCCGUCUACGAGGCAUUGAUUGAGGACAAGGGCAAGAACGUUAUCUAUCUGAAGCUGUCGGCCAAAUGUGUUGAAGCCAUGGCUUUGCAGGCAGACACCGAGCUCGAUGUGGACAUACAAUUCCAGCUAAAUCGCAUGCCUUAUUGUGAGUGGCACAAUGCUGUGGAUAAGAUCACGGAUUUUCGCCUAAUCUUUCCCGCAACUGAACUGGAACCGGCCAUUCCAUGGACUCCCAAAAAACAAUGGGCCGAUUCAUGUGAGCCCAAAUUGAAUGCCAAGCAGCGCGAGGCUGUGAAUGCCAUUACAACAGCAUUGAGUAUCAAACUGCCUCCCAUUCUACUCAUCGGACCCUUUGGCACAGGCAAGACUUACACGCUGGCCCAAGCCAUCAAACAGUUGUUGGCGCAGCCAGAGGCAAAAAUACUCAUUUGUACGCACUCGAACUCAGCUGCGGAUCUGUACAUCAAAGAGUAUUUGCAUCCGUGGAUCGAGGAGGGACUGGAAGAGGCCACGCCACUGCGUGUCUAUUACCACAAACGUUGGUCAGCGACGGUAAACAGUGUGGUGCAGAAGUAUUGCAUUACCGAUGGGGUCGGCAACUUCCGGCGGCCCAGUGUGGAGGACAUAAUGCGGCAUCGCAUCAUUGUGGUCACAUUGAGCAUCAGCAUGGAGCUGGCUACGUUGGGACUACCCAAGGGUCUGUUCACACACAUCUUUCUUGAUGAGGCCGCCCAGGCGAUGGAGUGCGAGGCCAUAAUGCCGCUGGCAUUAGCAAAUGAUUCUACACGCAUUGUGCUUGCCGGCGAUCACAUGCAGAUGAGUCCGGAGCUCUUCUCGGCCUUUGCCAAGGAGCGCAAGCUACACAUAUCGCUGCUGGAGCGUCUGUACGAUCACUAUCCCUCUAACUUCCCCUGCAAGAUCCUGCUGUGUGAGAACUAUCGCGCUCACGAGGCCAUCAUACGCUUCACAUCGGAGCUGUUCUACGAACAGAAAUUGGUGGCCUCCGGCAAGCAGCCACGUCACGAACGCUUCUAUCCGCUCACCUUCUUCACCACGCGCGGCGAGGAUGUGCAGGACAAAAACUCGACAGCUUUCUACAACAACGCCGAGGUGUACGAGGUGGUCGAGCGAGUUUCAGAGCUCCGCAAACGCUGGCCCAGCGCCUGGGGCAAGCUUAACGAUACGAGCAUCGGCAUCAUGACCCCCUAUGCGGAUCAGGUAUUUCGCAUACGUUCGGAGCUGCGCAAGCGCCGCAUGGGUGGCAUAUCUGUGGAGCGUGUGUUGAAUGUGCAGGGCAAACAAUUUCGUGCGGUCUUCUUGUCCACAGUCCGCACACGCCGCACUUGUCUGCCACAAGGCAGUGGCAAUGGUGUGGCCACUAGUGCCAGCAUUGGAGAUGCCGACACAGAUUACGGAUUUCUGAGCAACUCAAAGCUGCUUAAUACGGCAAUUACACGCGCCCAGUCCUUGGUCGCUGUUGUGGGCGAUCCGGUGGCCCUCUGCUCCAUCGGACGCUGUCGUAAGGUGUGGGAGCGCUUCAUUGAGAUUUGCGAUGAGCACAAGUCGCUCUUUGGACUGACAUGGUCGAAUCUGCGCUCGCAGCUAGACGGCGUGGAGCUGAAACGGGCCUAUGUUCUCAAUCCACUCGCUCCGGUAUUUGUUCCGCGUGCCCUGCAGCCGGAGGCGUAUCUUCGGGAGCAAGCUGCGCUAUAUCUGAACGCACAUGCGCCGCCACAUGGACCGCCAGGUCCACCACCACAUUAUGCUGCAGCCGCUGCUGCGGGCAUGUUGGGUCCGGGACCCGCUGCCGCUGCCGCCGCCCAUCAGAUGAAUCAGAUGGCAGCCGCUAUGGCGAACCAGCAACAUCUCUCACAUAUAUACUCGAUGCACGCUAUGAUGGCGGCUGCAGCAGCUGUCGGUGGUGGCGGUGGAAGUGGUGGUGCUGGUGGUAAAGCACCGAAUGUGCCACCUGGUCCCGGACCACCGCCACCACACUACGGCAGUCACAUGGGUAUGCGCGGACCACCACCAAAUGGACCGCCAACGGGUGGACCACCGCAACCACCGCAUAUGAGAGGACCACCGCAAGCUAAUACUGGACCACCGCCGCCCCCAUACGGGCAGUAUGCAGCCAUGCAGCAUUGGCGCCCAUCAGUGGGACCUCAACAGCAACAACAGCAGCAACAAAAUCCGAAUGCCAGUUUGUGGGGACCACCACCACAAUCGAAUCCGUGGAGCGUAUUGCCUCCCAAUAAGCAGCAGCAGCCACCGCAGCAAACGCCCGGGCGCGGUCCAGGUCCAGGGCCGCUGCAACCACCGCCACCAAAUGCUGGACAGGCACUGCGUGGUGGUAGCGUGCCACCGGUGCCGCCCAAUGCUGCAGCUGUUGUGGCUGCUGCCGCCGCUGCUGCCUCUCAAAUGCUCCGCAAUCCCAGCGAGUUGGGCUACCUGGCCAAGAAGACCCUCUACAACCAUGGGCAGGCGCCACCUCCGACGCCCCAACAACAGCAGGCGCCGCCACCACCACCACAUCAUCUAUAUGGCGGACCCCCACAAGCUCCGCCAAUGUCCAUGCAGCGAGGCAGCAGCGUGCCGAAUGGUCCUAUGAGCCCUAUGGAAGGUGCACCACCUCCGCCACCACCAUACAUGCGACACAAUGGCGCUGCUUUCAACAGCUAUGACAAGCCGCCUGGGCCGCCACAGCAACAGCAGCAACCGCCACAACAAGCGCCCUUCAUGUACGGUGCCGCCGGGAAGCAGCCAUCACCUAGCGCUUUGCGCUUUCCACACGAGCUGCUGCCGCCCAACGUCAGCAUUUACGAUAUGGCCUUCAACCCCAAGGAGGAGCAGUACAAGUGGUAUUUGAAACUGCUCGAGACUGUUGGCCAGGAAGCGGCCAACAAGUUUGCGGACAUGCUCCGGCAGGUGAUGGCUACUCUGCAGCAGCAUGGCCAUCAGCAGCAGCAACAAAUGCCGCACAAACCGCCGCAGCCACCGCCACAACAGCAGCAGCAACUACCCCCCAUGCUGCCUAACAAUCCCCAUGGAAUGGCGCCGCCGCCACCGCAGCAGCGUCAGCCGCCUUAUCCCAUGAUGUAUCCGCCGCUGCCGCCACAACCGCCACAGAAUCAGCAGCCGCCGAACGUGGAUGCAUCGCCACCGCUCGAUAACUUCAACCAGCAAAUCGAUUUGGUCUUCAACUCGAUCAUGAACGGCGCCAACGACAUUGCUCAGCCCAUAUUGCGCGAUGUGUUGGGCAUGGUGGGUGUGGCCUCGUCCGGCGCCAACAUACCGGGGCCCUCACUCAGCAACGGCGUCGUCAAUGGCACCGACCUGUUGCUCUCGCAGCAGCAGCAGCAGCAACAACAACAACAGCAGCAGCAGCAGCAUCAACAGCAGCAGCAGCAGCAGAGUCGUCUUUUUGCAAUGAUGCAGCAGAGCCAGCAGCAGCCGGUACCGCCUGCCCCCAUGGGCAAGCAAUUGGGAGGCAAUCAGGCACCACCGUCUCUAUAUGGCAACCAUGUAAUCGGUCCCUCCUCGGUGGCUCCGCCCCAUGGACCCAACAACAGCAGCGGAUCCGGCGGCACUCCCAACUUCAUGGGAAACGCCAAUGCCUUGCUGAAUGACAAGCCAUAUGGCAAUUUCAAUAGCGGUGGACAGAACAACAUCGGUGGUUCUGGCCUUAGUAACAAUAGCAGCGGUGGUGGUCUGCACAGCAACGGCAGCUCCGUGCCCCUCUAUCGUCGCCAGGCACUGGCCAUGGGAAAUGGUGCCGUGGGAUUAGGUGGAGGCGGAAACGGAGGCAGUAAUAACUACAACAACAUGCCCGGAUUGCUGGCUGGCCUGGAUACGGGCACAAAUCUCAUUGAAGCUCUAUUUGCCAACAAUACAGUUGCCGAGCACAACAACAAAGUGAACGAUCAUGGCCACAAUCUGCUUUACAACAACUACAACGUGCUGAAGGGUGGCCCGGACCUGGACUUGUUCCACACGGUGGCGCCACCACAGCAACAACAACAGCAGCAGCAGCAGCCCACACAGGCGUCCAACGAUGCGGUCAACCAUCAGCAUCAGUCCUCGGCCACAACCUACGCAGCGGUGCUGAGUCAGGGACCGCAGGCGGCUGCGCCACAACAGCCCACAGUGGCUGCUGUCCAGACAUCGGCGGCAAACGCCGCUCCGCCCACAUCCAACGAGCUGGUGGAGAAGGAUCCGUUUGCGGCCAUUCGCGAACUGGGGCAGGCCACCACGGGCUUCUACAACUAUUUUCAGUGAGAGAGUGGAACGCGACGGCGUCGACGUCGGCAGCGGCAACGGCAGCAACGCACUGCUGUGGCAUUAAAGGGGGAUUAAAAACAAAUCUAACAACAACAAAAGAAAACGAAAAAACACAAAAAAAAUUGCAAAAUUAUUCGCAAAAAAAGUCCAAAAACUGCAAAAAAAAAAAACUAAAAAAUUAACUGCUUUUUAACUUUAGUGUGCCCUACUUUGCUUUCGUUUUAAUUUGUAAUUAAUUUAAAACUAUUUUUCGUAUUUAAUGCGUAGUCUUAAGUUCAUCGUGUGAAUUAUUAUUAUUAUUAAUUAAUUAAUUCUACUUUAGUUAACGUUUAGUACUUUAAAUGUGAACCCCAAAUGCCGCAGCAGCCAACACGCCACCAUCGCCUACCCCUUUUGCCGCCCAUCGACCCUGUCGCGUCCCCAUUUGUUGGGGCGUCGCUCUGAGCGGGGGCCCACAGCAAACUUCUAGACUAUACAUACAUACUAUAUAUAGUUUUGCAUAUAUUAAUAGUUAUACCUACUAUAAAUAAACAUGUUAAAGGAACACAUUAAGCUUUUUUAAACUAAAUAUAACUUGAAAAAAAGGAAAAAAAAAAAAACAAAUUGCAAAAAAAAAAGAAUAAUGAGAAAUGAUUAUUAAAUGCCACCAAGCAUUGUUAGUUCUUAGAGUAAUUCAGAAAGUAUAAUUGUAUACAUAUAACUUUUGUAUUAGGCGUAGUCUUUAAGCUGCAUAAAUGUUGGGUUAGUUGAGUUGGAUGACAACCUUUUACUGAACAUUUAAUUGUAGCGAAUUAUUAUAUAUUUAAAUCUGAUCUUUUAAACAAUAUAUAUACAUAUAUACCAACAACAACAAAAAUUGAAAAAACGCUAAACGAAUAUUUCCAUAAAUGUUACAAACAA